AUGCAUGAAGUAAUCGGUCUCCUGGAUCCUCUUGGGGACAAUACUAUUAAUUGGACAAUGCAGGGUGAUUUACGAUGGUUAUUGAGACAAAAAAAAGGUUUAUCACGUAAAUUUUGUGUCGACGCAGAUGAUAAAAAAAAAAUAUUUCAAAUGAAACUCUGUAAGGGUGCAACAACUCUAGACGAUUUUCGUAAUCCGCCCGAGUACAGAGAUGUUUGGCGUUUAAGUCUGUGCUGCAUAGAUGAAAACUCAUCGAUAAUGUGGAACUACAAAAUAUCAAUAUUCAAAGAUAACGCAAUUUUACACUCUAGAACACACGAUUGUACGUUUUCCAUGAAUCGUAGUGAAGAAGUGAUUUUCAUCGUGUUAUCAGACGAAAUCGAUCAAUUGAUUCCUCGAAUUGAUGAAUUAAAAAUUUCAUGCCAAUUAGAAUAUAUUAAAGAAAAUACAGAUAACUCUUUAAAGGAUAAGUAUGACGAUACGAUCGAAGAUUUGAGAUCAAAAUUUAAUAAUGAAUGGAUAUUUCUUAAUGAAAAUUUGAGUGAUGUCAAGCUUCGAACUGCAUCUGAAAAGGAAAUUCCAGCUCAUAAGGUCGUACUCGCCAUGGCAAGUCCGGUAUUUAAAGCUAUGUUUAGCAAUGAUAUGUUGGAAAAGAAAAGUCAGACAGUCGAUAUGAAUGAUAUUAGUUAUGAUGCUGCAGUUGAGAUGCUACGAUAUAUCUACAUAGGCAGCGUCGAGACUCAAGAAUUUUCUUUGACUGCUGAAGUUUUGGCCGCCGCUGAAAAGUAUCAGCUUGAAGAAUUAAAAAAUAAGUGCGAGCGCAUAAUAUGCUCGAAUUUAACCACUGAAAAUGCUGUUCAGGCUCUUCGAAUUGCUGAUAUGUAUAGUGCGAAACAUUUGAAAAACAAAACAGUUGAUUUUGUCAGGCGUAUUAUUACAGGAACUUCGGACUGUGACGAAAUAAGUGAUAUGAUUCUUGAUAAGGCUAAACUCGCUUCAAAAUAA